GUUUCUAACCCUUCCUUUCCCUUUUUUUUCUCUCUUUUUUUUUUGCCACCCAUACACCAUAACCUUAUUUUCCGCUCUGACCCGCGAGAAUAUAUAUUUGUAUACACACCCCAUUACCUUUCUAAACGCGCUGAGAAACUUAUACAAAUAAGCAUAUAAAACGCAGCAUACCAAACGGGGCACUACAUACACGCUUUCAUAACAAACAACGACGCACCGUGUUAACAAAAAAACAACAAUUGAACACCAUUUCGUAACCCCCUUUCUCCAUUCCGACUUCGUAUAUGGCUGAUGCAUCUGAUUCAUCCUCAAAUAAAACCGAGAACGACACCGCCACCAAUAACAGCAACAACGACAACGACAAUAACAGCAUCAAUAAUUCCAAGUCCAAUAACAAUUUAGGCGCAGCAUGUUUUCGCUGCAGAGGUUUUAGACAUGCUUGCGAUCGUCAAAAACCAGCGUGCUCUCGGUGUCGAAGGCGUGGCAUUACUUGUACUUACCCUGAAGCAGCACCAACGCUUAAAAAACUCCAGAAAGCAACAGAGACGCUCGGCGAUCGGAUUCGCAAGUUUGGUGAUCGUCUCAAAUCGGCUGAAGGCGCCAGAGAUUUCAAGGCGACCAUCUCAUUGCAACGACUCGCUCAGCGUAACGCCUCUGUAGACAAAGUCGAAUCAACGUCGUCACCCGCGCCGUCUAUUUCGGAAGAGGCAUCAGAUACUCGCUCUGAUACUCGGUCGUCCGUCUCCAUCGCAUCGUCUGAUAUAACCUCAGAUGAUGAGCUUCAAAGAAAGCGAGGCGUAGCAUCCACAAGCAAUUUCUCGGUGUACCCUUGUGGCAAAUGUUACAAAGACUUGCAACAGUGCGAUCUUACAUUACCACGCUGCAGUCGCUGCGAAGCCAAUAAUUUCGAAUGUAUUUAUAUGAAAACUGAACCCAAAGCCAAUCAUGUUUCCCAAGUGCUGACGACAAUGAACAAGAUCAUGGAUCAAUGGCAAGAAUCCAUCGAUCGCAUGGCCAAAGACUUUGCUCAAAAGACCAGAGAUUUUGGUCAGCGCGCCAACAACUCGUUCAAGAUGAAGCCGUUGCAGCCGUUUGCAUGGAAAAUCACAUCAACGGGGCGCGGUCUGUCGGUUGAAAGCAACGUCAACUCGUACAACGACCUGUCAAAGCUCGUGGACCAAUUCAAGAAAUCAAUGCACAUUUCGCCAGCUCCACACGACAAAGACAAUGACAUUGAGACCGAUGACGGAUCGCCUUCGCUUGCAGAUGAGCGGCAGCGGAUAGCACAGUCCGUGGAAUUGGAUGAUACAAGCUCAAUCCACACCUCGUCAGGCUUCUCGUUUGCCGUCUGGAAUUCGUGGUCACACCCAACGCAUGCACUACCCCAAGAUUAUCCCAUUGAUAUAUCGGACGAGCUCACCGACAACCUCGUUGAUUUGUAUUGCCGAUCGCCGUGUUGCUCAGCCAUACGCUUACCCAUCAUUGACACCGCUGAAUUCUUGGCCCGCUAUCGCGAUCCCGCGAACCCGCCCUCCAAGGUCUUGAUUUAUGCCAUCUGUGCCAUGUCUGCGCGUAACGCCUUUCAGUUACACAUGUGGAGUAAGCGUCCCGCUCACGAGUCUCCGCAAUACAAUAUGGGUAAGGCGUUAUCCAUUGCGUACUGCCUCAAGGGCCGCGAGCUCUUGUCUGAAUGCUAUGACGAGGAACCUUCCAUGGAUAAUUGCCGCGCUGCUAUUCUCUUGUCCUACUGCAGCUAUCAGAACGGUUACUCGGGCGUGAUCUAUAUUUACGAAUGGAUUGCGUACAGCAUGGCGCGUGAACUGGGUCUGUAUGACAGCAAUCGUCAAUUCACGGAGAGCGAAGCCAAAUUGGUGUGGUGCAUGUAUUAUUUCAACACGUGGUAUCGUGUUUUGCAGGGUGGUUCUAGUGCAUCCGUCGAAUCGAGCCAGUUCUACCCAUGCUGUCCCCUGCCGCCACCAGCAGAGAAGCCGGUGAUGAUGGAUACGGAUACAAACAAUGGUUCACCGUCUCAAGAGCUUGUAGACUAUUAUGUGUGGAGCACUUGGUAUUACAUGAUCCGCCUCCAGAUUCUACGGCACGAUGUCAUGUCACGCCUGGUGGCAGCACAAGACACCAAAUCCGAUCCCAAUCUGUCACUUGACCUUUUAACUAUGCAAGACCGGCUACAAGAAUUCUUCGCCAGCCUGCCGGAAGAAUGGCGCAACCCAGAUAGUUCAUACGUUACGAGUCCACAGACUGGAUCCUCCACCACAUCUUCGUCGUGCGGUGCAACUCCACCGUCUGUCAUGACUGACGACGACGCCAACGACCGACAUAAUCAGCAGCAUUACCACAUUGAUGUGUCCAGUUUUGCACGCUUCUGUAUUUUCAAUGUCCACAUUUACUACAACAUCAACAAGAUCUUACUGUAUCAGGCUUUCUUUCCAUCCGACCAUAUCCCAAGCGUGCCGUUCUCCGUGCAAUGUCUGUAUACCUGCAUCGAUGCCGCCAACAGUAUCACCCAAAUCUUGGAGUACAUGUCGCAACAGCGAGACGAGUGCAAUGUCCCAUUGAUCGGCUUUCUGUUUGCCAACAUUGUCUAUUUCAAACUGCUCAACUACCAAGACGAGAAAUGCCAAGACUUUGCAAGGCAAUGCUUGCAGUUAUCGGUAGACAUCUCCAAAUCAUCAAUCACAUACAUGUACGAUUUUGAACGGGCAAAGACGCUGGUGAGCGUGAUGGAACAGGAUGUACGGACGCUCUGUGGACCCAUAGUACCGUCGACGACAGCAACAAUGACGACUCAUUCAACAACCCCAUCGUCAUUUUUACCACCGCAUUUACAACGCACGAACAGUGUCGACUCGUCCUCGGAUGGUUGGUCAAUGUGGUCUCAUAAUUCUGUACCGUCACCACCCUAUUUCAUGCAUCAUGCGGGAUACCCGACAAAUCUGUAUGACCGCACAACGACGACAACAGCAGCACCAGCACCAGCACCAGCACCAACCACGGGUAUCUUUUCUCUAGGAGGAGGAGGAGGAGGAACCAUGAUGCAGUAGCCAACACAUUCACUACAAAAAAGUUCAUUUCGCUUCGUUAUAUAUCGCAUGUCAUCUUUUAACUUACAUAUUCGUAUUUCUAUUUACACCUCAUAUACUCCCUAUUUUUAUUACUAUAACUACUACUACUACUACCACUACUACUACUAUUACUAUUACUACUACUAUUACUACUAUUAUCUCUACAGUUCUUAUUUUCUCCCUUU